AUCGCUGGUUUUUCACGAUGGCAUACAAAAAACUUUUGGGCGAUAUUCGAUUUUUUAAUGUCAUAUAAGAAUUAUUUCUCUCCCAACCAUGGAUUCCUCAGAAUUUAUCAAUUUUCUAUGGGAAGAUAAGGAAAUCAGAUUUGACACGCCCUGUGUACAAAAAAAUUUACGUAACGGUGAACAAAUUCUAUCUACGAUAAAUUUUAUUGAAGAUUCGAAAGGUAACGCUGGUGUUAGUGGACGUCUAUUGGCCACAAAUCUACGUUUAAUUUGGCAUACAUUGAUUUAUAAAAAAAUCAACUUAUCGAUUGGUUAUUCACGGAUUAUUAAUAUUAAUACACGUUUAGUAACGAACAAUAGAAACUAUCAUGAUAGUGCCCUGGCUUUGUAUAUUUUAGCUUUGAAGGGGAGUACACGUUUUGAGUUUUUAUUUACCGACAUUUCUCGUAAUCCAGAACGUAAAGAUACGCCAAUAUAUCAGAGUGUCUUCGAUAUUUAUCAUUCAUACCAGCGUUCAUAUUUAUAUCGAGACUUGAAAUUACGUGGCGCUAUUUUACAAGCAGGGCAAUUAAUUAUUUUACCGCGUGAACAAGUUAUAACUAAGGUACAGGGUGUAUGGAAUCUAUCCAGUGAUCAGGGCAAUUUAGGUACGUUUGUAAUAACGAAUAUACGGAUCGUCUGGUAUGCGGAUGCUAAUAACACUUUCAAUAUCACUUUGCCGUAUAUACAAAUCGAAAAUUUACGCAUACGCGAGUCCAAGUAUGGUCGAGUAUUGGUUAUACAAACUGCCGAAACGGCUGGCCGUUAUAUAUUAGGAUUUCGUAUAGAUCCAUAUGAACGUUUAGUAGAAGUAUUUAAAGAACUUGCAUCGCUGCACAAAGUCUAUACUAAGAAUCCCGAUUUUGGUAUAACUUUCGAUGAAAACGAUAAUAAGAGGCAGAAGGCAAAUCAAUCAAUGAAAGAUUCGGAGGAGAAAAAUUCUUUCAAAAUUGAAGAAUAUGAAGAAAUUGAUGAACGUCAAGAAAAAGAAAUCAAUUCAAAAUUAAAUAAUUAUUUGGCUGAGGGUAAUUUGAUAGCGACGGAAGACGAGAAACCGCCACGUGAACCGGUUUAUUGCAAGGAGUUGGGCUUCGCCAUGGAACGUAUACGUGAUGGUUAUAAAUUGAAAGAUUUAUGGGAUGUUUUACCAAAGCAGAUGCUAAUAGUCGAAGAAGAAUGA